UCCAUUGGUCCAGAGUCCGGCUUCUCUACUGUUGCAGUAAACGCACAGAUGCACGCGGACAGGCUUGUGGGCACAUGGUAGCAGAUGGAUGGAUGAACCCAACGGCGGACCAACGUUACCACUGGCACCAAUGAAGCUCGAACUUGGCUCGCAUACUCGAAGCCUGGGGUAAUGCACACGAAACUCUUCGACAAAAAAGCUCCUUUGCGAGUCAUGGUGUUUCUUCUACCCCAAAUACUUGCUCAUCUCUCACCAGCUGGCUGGCCCUUCUAAUCGUCUUCCACCCACGACACGCAUGUUCAGCUUGUGUAGCAGCUAGCAGGCGAUGGAAUCGUCGGUGGCACCAUCAAUGACAUCGACUCUCGGAGUCUGGCACGAUGCAUGGGGCUACAUAGGAGCCAUAAUCUUUCUAGGCGUCCUCUCUAGCAUCACUCUCGCCCUUCGAUUUUUGGCGAGACGGCUAUCUAGGCUCGGAGCAUGCUCGGAUGACUGGCUUGCGCUGUUUGCGCUGAUUGUUCAACACGGGCUCGGUGCGGUAGUCAUUAUUGCUUUCCUCGAGUACGGUGUUGGGAUUGACUCACCGGACGCCAUAUCCGCCUCUCCACGCGCAUCGAAAGAGCCACUCAAAUUCAUAUUCAUCUCGACUAUCUUGUAUGGCACGGCGUUAACCAGCAUUCGACUCUCUGCCAUUAUGUUCAUCUUACGGAUCUUCCAUACUAAGAUGGUAAAGCGUGGCGGGUACAUUCUCAUCGUCGUGUCUGUCGCCUGGUUCGUAGUAGUUGAGGGUCUAAAUCUUGGGAUAUGUCAACCAAUCUCAUAUAUGUGGGAUCAUUCAAUCCAAGGAGGACAAUGUCUGGAGACUAAGCUGGGUAUCGUCAUCCCAGCCGCCUUUAGCAUCAUCAUUGACGUCGCUAUCGUGGCCUUACCCGUUCAUGAGGUUAUGAAGUUGCGUUCAUCAAGAGCAAAGAUUUCUUUUGUCAUUGGGAUAUUCUGUAUCGGCGGACUUGCAAUAGGUGCAAAUUUUGCGCGAUUGAUCGCCAUUUCGCUAUAUCUAAAUCAACCACCAAACGGCUCUAGUGAAUCGCCGGCACUGUUGUUAGCUACGAGUGCCAUCGAGAUCUACCUUACAGUCAUUGCCGCCUGUGCUCCCACUCUUGCUCCGGUGUACAAGAGAGCUAGAGGAAUGGGGUCACCUGAUGACAGACUUAUCACACACCGAACGGGUUACACCAUGAAACCCAUCCGUGGACAAUCAAAAAUGAAUCUGGCGGGAGGGUCGAGAUCCGGUAUCAAUCGCAGUGCACCUCGCAACUCGGAAGACGAGGAAAGGUUCCUCAAAAGGAUGGAUGACAUGAACGUGCUCUAUCCAGCAAGAGAGCGCGGAGAAUUCUGGACAGAUAUAAGCGCACGACCAGGAUCAGCAAGAAUACCGCGUGGAAAGAUAAGGGUUCAGCGAGAGGUGAGGUGGAAUUCCGAGGUAUGAUAUCCCAGAGCUUGAAUACACGUAUUGCUGCAUGAGCUGGCGUUUUAGACCUUUCCACUUCACCCUCGCGAAAACAAUUAUUGCUAAAGCUAGUUCGAAAAAUGAAUAAAUAAAUACAUAACUAAAUUUAAAAAAAAAAAAAAAA